AUGUCAAGCACGAGAGUCCUUGGCCGCCUGGCCAGAUCAGCGCGACCCCUCCCCAAGGCAUCGUCGCCAACGUCCCUUGCUAUCCGUGCCAGAACAGCGGUCCCUGAAACCCGAAGAUGGGCCUCGACCUCCAAGCACCCGCAGGGCUUCACGCCUCCCACGCAAGCCGACCUCGAAGAGCUACGUGAGCGCGUGCAGGAGUUCACCAGGCGCGAGAUCUCCCCCGAGGUGGCGGCCGCAACUGAUCAGACCAACGCCUUCCCGCCAGAGAUGUGGGGAAAGCUGGGCGAGGCGGGCUUCCUGGGAAUCACGGCAGACGAGGAUGUCGGCGGGCUGGCCCUGGGAUACCAAGCACACUGCAUUGUCAUGGAAGAGCUGAGCCGCGCCUCCGGGUCCAUCGCGCUGUCCUACGCGGCGCACAGCCAGUUGUGCGUGAACCAGUUGCAGUUGAACGGCUCGCCGGACCAGAAGGCAAAGUAUCUCCCCGGACUGAUAGCUGGAGAGAAGGUUGGUGCUUUGGCCAUGAGCGAGAGCGGCGCGGGCUCAGAUGUCGUCUCCAUGCGAACUACGGUGAAGAAGGUGGACGGGGGCUAUGUCCUUAACGGCUCCAAGAUGUGGAUCACAAAUGGGCCUGAUGCCGAUUACAUCGUCGUGUACGCCAAGACAGAGCCCGACGCAGGGAGCAAGGGCAUCACGGCUUUCAUCGUCGAGACAAAAGAGGCAAAGGGCUUCGCAUGCGCCCGCAAGCUCGACAAGAUGGGCAUGAGGGGUAGCAACACGGGCGAGCUGGUCUUCGACAACGUCUUCGUGCCCGAAGCCAACAUCCUAGGCAAGAUAAACGGCGGCGUGCGCGUGCUAAUGGAGGGCCUGGACCUUGAGAGACUGGUGCUCAGCGCCGGGCCUCUAGGUCUGAUGCAGGCGGCGCUCGACGUGGCGCUGCCAUUUGUGCAUACAAGGAAGCAGUUUGGCCAGCCAAUCGGCACAUUUCAAGCCAUUCAUGGCAAGUUGGCCGACAUGUACACGAAGCUUCAAGUCAGCAAGGCGUACACCUACGCCACUGCUCGCGCUGUUGACGAGGAAGGCAUCAUCAAAACGCAAGAUUGUGCAGGUGCCAUACUGUAUGCUGCGGAAAGGGCCACAGAAUGUGGCCUGGAUUGCAUACAGGUGCUUGGUGGGAUGGGCUACGUGGAGGAGAUGCCAGCUUCGAGGAUACUAAGAGACGCGAAAUUAUACGAAAUUGGCGCCGGUACUUCUGAGGUGAGGCGUAUGGUCAUUGGUCGUGUCUUCAACAAGGAGUACGCGAGCUACUCGGUGUGA